AUGUUCCUACUUGGUUUUGUUGCUGACCCGAUAAUCAACCUGUAUAUUGAUCCGUUUAACACCAUACUUUCACGUUUAUAUGAUCCCGAUGCUGCAGAGAAGAUCAUCCAUCUCGACGAAGGUGCUCCGGAAAGGACAACAUGGCCUGAACAUUUCUUCAAAGGGCUUGCGUCUCUAGGGGUUUUGUCAUUUGUAAAAGUGAUAUUUGCGCUUUCUCCAUGGCAGUGGUGGAAUUUACGCAAUUCAAACCUUGUUGGCGGCGGGCGGAGGCCCGCUGCAACUGGCAGGGAUCGGGCCGCCCAAGUCGGCUGGGUCGUUCUUUUGAUAGGAGUGAUGACAUUCCUUUGGACUGUAUACAAAGGCAUACGGGCAUGGAGCCGUAAAAUGCUUGAGAAAGCUGGCGAUCGCGUUUUGGAUGUCCCAUUAGAAGACGAUGAUGAACCCGAGGACACCUUGCAUGCAGAUUCACGGGAAGUGCCAACUUCCAAGAAGGAAGAUUGA